CCCUCAAUUUAUGAGCUAAGAAGCAGUUACUUGAAGCCAUUUCCUUUGAAUGCUUCAAAAGUUCAAGCUUUAAGCUCAAAAGAGUUUCUUGAAAUGCUUCAAAAGUUCAUCUUUUUCUCAUUUUGUGCUGAAAGACAAUUUAUUUUUGAUAAGGGGUUCUGAAAAAUUGUCAAACUUUUAAUGCAGAACCUCAAGAAUGCUACAAUUUGUCCCUGUUUACUCAAUCUGUGAACUGAAAGACAGUUUUUUGGGUAAUGGGUACUGGAAAGUUUCAACUUUUAACACUUCUCAUCUUGAAUUUUGAUGAUUUUUCUUAAAUUCUUCAAUUGCUUCAUCUUUUUUCUCAAUCUGUGAACUGAAAGACAGUUUUUUGGUUGAAAAAUGCCUAAUCUUGGAGCUAAUAAAGCUGACACAGAGGGAAAUGUUGGUUCCGGCCGUCAUCGCCGCCGUAGACGCCGCGGGAGGCCAUCCAUGGCGGCGAGCAGUGAGACAACCACAACUGAUGGGAGUUUCCACUUCACUGAUUCUGAUUCUGACCAAUCUUGGCACUCACCUUUAGGCUCUAUGGAUGAUAUUUCAGUAUAUUGUGAUCAGCAGCCACUGAGGAGGGACAACAAGCAAAGAGGGUAUAAUUCUUUGUCAGAUGAUGAGAUUGAUUUGGAGUGUGGUGAAUUGGAGAUGAAGUUGCAUAGUAAAGAAGAGAAGGAUUGUAGGAUUUGUCAUUUGAGUUUGUUGAAAAGUGGAGGGAUUAGUAGUGGUGGAGAUCAAGUGCAAGAGACUUCCGGAGGGAUGGCUAUUGAAUUGGGAUGUUCUUGCAAAGGUGACUUAGGUGCUGCUCACAAACAAUGUGCUGAAACUUGGUUCAAAACCAAGGGAAACACAAUUUGUGAAAUCUGUGGUACCAAUGCACUGAACAUUGCUGGAGUGCAGACAAAUGAAGCCAAUAAUGCUUCAGUAGCCCCUCUUGCAGCAUCCGCAGCACCUAUAGCCUUUUCUGAAACCCGAGGCUUUUGGCAUGGACGUCGUGUUAUGAAUUUUCUACUUGCAUCCAUGGUUUUUGCCUUUGUCAUCUCAUGGCUUUUUCACUUCAAUAUAUUGCCCUAGAUGCUUCUGAGGAUCGUCCUGCAACGUGGUUUGUAUUGUGAGGAUUCAACAUAAAUUAACUAGAUUUUACGCUGGUUGUCAAUCUACUGCAACUCUCCUCCUCUAUCCGGGCUCAGGACUUGCAGAAAUGUUUUACUAACUCGCAACAUUAACAGCUCCAAUCCCUGAAAUUUGUACUAUCGAGCUACAUCUAGGCAGCUAAAAGGUUUAUGAAAGGUGAUCUGGUAUCUGGUAUAGGCCAUGCUGUAAACGAGUCGAUGAUAUGUAGGGUGUCAGCCAUUAACUUCUCGAUCUUGUUUGCGAUGAUGAUUGUUGCCUAGAAUAGAAGAUAGUUUUGUUGAUCAAACAGCUUGAUGAAUUUUAAAAUUCUUCCCAUUUAGUGUACAUAUGUAAGUAUGUAUAGACGUAAGUCGAUGAAGCAGUAGCAUUCUGUUGUAUAUCAUCCUUGAAAACUCUGUACAAAUCUCUCAUGGCUGUUGCAAUUGUGUUAGCAUCUAAAUGUUUUCUUUGAUAACAGC